UUAUUUAUUGUCUCUAUGGUGAUUUCUUACAUGGCUUCCGCAUAACAACUGUUUUGCUGUCAGUAAUACACAUAAGGACAUUUAAAGGAAAAAGGGAAAAUGGCAGUCGUUGGACAAAAUCCAUUUCACUGUACAGCAGCGGGAGAACUUGGAGCUCACCGCGAAACAAUGUUAAACAACGAAUUGCUCCUCAGAACCGAAUUAGGGAAACCAAAGAGACGAGGAUAUGGUACUUUAGGGGAGGAUUUUAUUUUUGGUCGCCCAAAUGAAGCCAGACACGGUGGUGCAGAUGAUGCCUUGCAUGGUUGGCCAAGGAACCUUUCCACAACUACAUUACCAUUUGCAAGAAAGGACAAAAAAGCAGAAAGAGAUUUUAUGGCUCUCAAUAAAGCUGCAGUGCAAAAUGGACUAGUCACAGCUGGAGAAAAUUAUGAAUUUAGAGCGACUCAUGAUGUCCGCCGAAAAACAGCUGGGUCAGAAAACACAAGGCUGAGGACAAGAAGAAUACCACCAACAAUGGUGUUCGGAAUAUCUACAAGGCCAUCUACUCCAAUUUUUGAUUUAUUAGAGCACAAAUACCAGGAUAAAUGGUUACAGCAAAGAAGACAACAGGAAUUGGCAAAAAGGAAAGAAGAAACACAGAAUCCAAUAAUGCCUGAACCCAGACUAUCACAAUCAGCAGGGCCAUACCCAGUUGUGAGUGUUGCAAAUUGCAGCAAAAUUGUGUGGUGGUUUUUUACCCUAAAAGAUGUAGAAUUUCACUUUCUGCGCUUUUUGAGUUUAUUUAUUUUCCCCCUGAACUUUGAUGCAACUGUGUGGCUUAAGUUUGAAUGUGCAGAAUUAAUAUCCAGUGUGAUUAUCCUUCAAACUAUGUAA